AUGGCAGAUUCUUUCAGAUUUCAAUACCGGAAUAGCAACAAUUUCAGAUUCGACUACAAACGCUCACUCUCAUUGCUUUUCCCAUCCCGUUGGAUCCCCCUCAGUCUCAUUUGGGCCAUUGGAUUCAUCCUAAUUGUCGCGUGGCAAAGGACAGCUUUCGAUCGGUUCUGGAUACCCCCCCGCUCCAUCCCAAGCCUUCGAUCUCUGGUUUUCAAUCUCACGGAUUUUGGAGCAGUUGGCGAUGGCGUGACGUUAAAUACGAAGGCGUUUGAGAGGGCGGUUGCAGAAAUUCGAAAGCGGGGUGGCGGCCAGCUUAAUGUGGAGGCUGGAAGGUGGCUCACUGCUCCUUUUAACCUCACCAGCCAUAUGACCCUAUUUCUCGCGGAAAAUUCCGUUGUUCUUGGAAUUGAUGAUGAAAAUCAUUGGCCACUGAUGCCUCCUUUGCCAUCAUAUGGAUAUGGAAGAGAAUGUCCUGGACCACGCUACGGAAGUUUGAUCCACGGUCAAAAUCUGAAAGAUGUUGUCAUAACAGGACAUAAUGGUACUAUCAACGGGCAAGGUAAGACAUGGUGGAUUAAGUAUCGUAAGAAACUUCUGAACCACACACGAGGUCCACUAGUGCAGCUUAUGUGGUCAAGAGACAUUCAGAUAUCUGAUAUUACUUUGCGUGAUUCUCCAUUCUGGACGCUUCAUCCUUAUGACUGUCAAAAUAUUACUAUCAGAAAUAUAACCAUAUUGGCGCCGCUGUCUGAUGCUCCAAACACUGAUGGAAUAGAUCCUGAUUCAUGCGUGAAUAUGGUGAUAGAGAACAGUUACAUAAGCGUGGGUGAUGAUGGAAUUGCUAUCAAGAGUGGAUGGGAUCAGUAUGGAAUUGCUUAUGCCCAGCCUUCAACCAAUAUUCUCAUUCGUAAUGUCACUGUGCGUUCAAUGAUAAGUGCAGGAGUAUCGAUCGGCAGUGAAAUGUCUGGUGGAGUCUCGAACGUAACGGUGGAGAAUCUCCUUGUUUGGAACUCCAAACGGGGAAUUAGAAUCAAGACAAGCGUGGGUAGGGGUGGAUAUGUUCGACAAAUUAGCUAUCGAAACCUAACAUUAGAGAACGUGCGGGUGGGUAUUGUGAUGAAGACUGAUUACAACGAGCAUCCAGAUGAAGGCUAUAAUCCCAAUGCCCUUCCAGUCAUUGAGGACAUAAGCUUUAAUGGGAUUCGUGGACAGGGGGUUCGUAUUCCAGUCCGUAUAUAUGGCAGCCAAGAAAUUCCUGUACGGAAUGUCACAUUCCAAGACAUGCUAGUGGGAAUAACCUACAAGAAGAAGCGAAUUUUCCAGUGCUCUUUUGUCCAAGGACGCGUGAUUGGAAAGAUUUUCCCCAAGCCUUGUGAGAAUCUCGAUUUGUAUGAUGAAGAAGGACGUCUAGUUAAGAAAUCAAUGUCUCAAAAUAGUAGUACCGACACAAUAGACUAUGAUUCUUGA